UCUUCAACAGUUUCACGGAACAGUGCUUGUGAAUAGUCGUUCGGCGAGUUUCGCGUCAGUUUACUAUUAUAGUGAAUGGUGUUCCUGCGUUAGUGUACGUGAUUUGGUUGUUUAGUUUCUGUGCACUAAACUGGUGAUCUGUUUUUCUUGCCUGUGAAAAUUUCGUUGCCUGCAAAAUGCCGUAUCGUUGUUGUGUGCCGAAUUGUAGAGGAAAUUACGACGGUGGACCAAAAGUAACCGUGUUUAAAUUUCCGGAGGAUGAAGCAAUGAGAAAGAAAUGGUUGUCAAGUAUUCGCAGAGAUAACUUCACUCCUUCUUCAAGUUCAAGAGUAUGUCAUGUUCACUUCCACAAGGAUGAUGUUAUUUGGGAAACACAAAUUGUGGAUGAAAGGACUGGUCAGUUAUUAAGAGCCCCCCUUCUCAAACCACGUUUGAGACCAGAUGCAGUUCCAUCACUACUCCCAAACUGUCCUUCCUACCUUUCAAAGGAAGAAAGUAGACGUGAAGGGCCAGAGGAGAAAAAGCAAAGGCUUGAAAAUGAGCAGUUAGCUCCAGCGUUACAAUAUAGUUUAGCAUCACAGAAGGACUAUGAAAACACUUUCAGCUUCAGUUCUUUAGAAGAGUUGAUGUUGCGUACGAAGGAAGUGGAUUUGCCCAACGAGUGGAGUGUGAUCGAAAAACACAGUGAUUUUGUUUGUUUUUUAAAGAUAAUAAGAAAUCCAGCACCAUUAAUCACACAUUCUGUCGUUAUAGAUAGUAAUUUAAAUGUUUCAUUGUUUAAGAAAGAUGUACAAAUUAAGACAUUAGGAAAAAGAUCUUUUCCUGUAAUUGUAACCAAUAUCCAUGAAAUUGUCAGUGUACUGCAGGAGUUUUCAGACACAGAUUGUGGGCACUCAGAAACUUCUAUAGAUAGUAUUGUAGAGAUAGUGAAAGACAGUCUAGGAGUGCUGAAAGACAGUUUACAGGAGAGUGAAAAGGAGAUGGUAGACUUUAUAUAUGAACAAGUUAGUCUCAUAAAUGUAAAGAAAUUUAAUCAUAGUGCAUGGAGUGAUUUGUCAGUGUCAAAUCUCAAGAACGGCUGGAAUAAACUUUGGCCUCAACCUAGAGGUGAAGAAUCGGAGGAAUCUGAGUGUGUUACAGUUGACGAGAUGGUCAAUUUGUGCAAUAAUUUACAAAUCAGCACAAAUUUGACGUCAGAAGAAGUAUCAGAGUGGUUAGAGUAUGACAAAGUGGACGGGGGUUUUCAAAUUUUGAGUGAUGACGAAAUUGUUGCCAGCGUAAAUGCCACGAAAGAAGAAGAAGAAGGGGCUGAUGAAGACGAGUGUUCAAACCAUGAAGAAAAACAAACUAUUAGCCAUUCAGAGGCCGAAACAAUGCUGUCCAAGUGUAUAGCAUGGCUUGAAAGUCAAGAAGAGGCUAAUGCAACGCAGGCACUACUGCUCCGAAAAAUACGAAAUAUUGCCGCGGUGAGAGCUCGAACAUCAAAAGGGCAGAAGAAAUUGACUAUUUCCAACCUGUAA